CCCCAGGGUGCUGUUGGGAUGCAAAAGCAGCUCUCCCCACUGACCAUGAGGCUCCCCGUGCUCUUGGCUGCCCUGGUGGCAGUGGCCACCUGCACCAAGACCUUCGUUGGGCACCAGGUGCUGCGCGUCAUCCCCCAGAGCGAUGAGGAGCUGCAGAAGGUGCAGGAGCUGCAGGACCUGGAGCAUCUGCAGCUGGAUUUCUGGCUGGCUCCCCGCAAGCUCGGACUGCCCGUGGACAUCCGCGUGCCCUUCCCCAGCCUGCAGGCGGUCAAAGCCCACCUGGAGGCCACUGGGGUCUCCUAUUCCAUCAUGAUCGAGGAUGUGCAGGCCCUGCUGGAUGAGGAGCAGAGGGAGAUGCUCCGCAGCAGCCGCCAGCUGCCGCUCGACACCACCACCUUCAACUAUGACGCCUACCACACCAUAGAUGAGAUCUAUAAUUUCAUGGACAUGCUGGUGGCCGAGAACCCCAACCUGGUGAGCAAGUUGGAGAUUGGCCGCUCGACCGAGAACCGUCCCCUCUACGUGCUCAAGUUCAGCACAGGGGGCACAAACCGCCCGGCCGUCUGGAUCGACACCGGGAUCCACUCCCGCGAGUGGGUGACACAGGCCAGCGGCGUCUGGUUUGCCAGGAAGAUUGUCCAGGAUCACGCGAAUAACGAAGGUGUGGCCUCCAUCCUGGAGACGAUGGACAUCUUCCUGGAGAUUGUCACCAACCCAGAUGGCUAUGCCUACACCCACACCACGGACCGCAUGUGGCGCAAGACCAGGUCCAGGCACUCGGGUGCCAUCUGCGUCGGAGUGGACCCCAACCGCAACUGGGACGCGGGUUUUGGAGAUGCCGGAGCCAGCGCAUACUCCUGCUCGGAGACGUACCACGGACCCUACCCCAACUCGGAGCCUGAGGUGAAAUCCAUCGUGGACUUUGUGAAGAGCCAUGGCAACAUCAAGGCUUUCGUCUCCAUCCACAGCUAUUCCCAGCUCCUGCUCUACCCCUACGGCUACACCGAGACCCCGGCACCAAACGCGCAGGAACUGCAUGAGAUUUCUGCUAAGGCCGUGGCCUGGGAAAGGAAUUGAUUGAAAAGGCAUAAAAAUAGCAGGAACAAAAAGGAAGGAAGGUGGUGGCUUUCCCUUUCAUCUGGCAGAGGAUGGAGAGGGAAUUGGGCUGUGGGACAUGAAGUCAGCAGGAUUUAUUUGGGCUCCAGGAGAGCUGCAGAGGGACUGGGGACAAGGCCUGCAGGGACAGGACACAGGGAAUGGCUCCCACUGCCAGAGGGCAGCCAUGGAUGGGAUCUUGGGAAUGAGGAAUUCCUGGCUGGGCUGGGAUUGCCAGAGCAGCUGGGGCUGCCCCUGGAUCUCUGGAAUGUCCAAGAAAGGACUGGAGCACCCUGAGAUCAUGGCAGGUGUCCCUGGAAUGAGCUUUGAGGUCCCUUCCCACCCAAACUGGUCCAGGAUUCUGGGAUUUGGGACACUCAGGAUCCAUCCCGAGGGAUUUUUAU